AUGUCGUUUGUUAGCACGCAGAGCUCAGAGCUCUUGGAGAGCGGGGGAAUCGUGGACGGUUUCCUGUCGCGAGAGGGCUCGGAUAGCCCGGGUAGUCUGGCAGACUUCAUUGUUGACGACGAUGUCACGGAGGACAGCGAAGGUGGUGUUGCGGUGGACGCGCAGCCCCAGACGCCGAGGAGGCGGGCAGCUUCAGAAGAUGAAGUGUUCGAUAGAGUGGAGCGGCAGCGGAGAGCGAAGCGCAAGUUGGAAGCACUGACCGGGACGGGCAGGAGUCGCACGAGGCAGGACCGAGUGGUCUCUUCCGGGUUUGUGCCCCGGAUGCUCUUUGUUGACCAACCAAGUGGGUUGGGGCAGGAUACUUCCAAGGCAACGGGAGUUCCUUUUUCUUGCUGUCACUGCAGAGCGGUGGAAGCCCGGGCGAGCCAAGUGGAGAGCGACGUGAUCAAAGCACAGGGGAUGCUAGACUCGAUACUGGACGGUAUCAACGGGCUGAAAAGCCUGGUUCAGCAUGGUUCCGUGUGGGCGGAUAGCUCAAUGUCCGAGUUGGACGGAUGUGGCCGGGGAGCCACGGUGAGUACGCAAGUGCGAGAGUCGGGUGAUGGGUGCGCCCGCCCUACCCAGGCAUGGGAGAUGUCGGAGACGGACUGUGGAGAGGAGGGGGAGAGUCCCUUUUCCAAGGUGAACCAGCGGUACUCUAGGUUACAGCGUAAGCGACGGAGGCAGUGCCUAGAUUCCUCAGAGGAUGAGGGAUUUUAG